AUGAGCUCAGAUGUCUCCUUACGACAGGACAAGCAAAGUCUACAGUAUAUUAUUCGUUCAGGGUUGGCAGGAGGAAUAGCAGGUUGCAUUGCGAAGACAGUAGUUGCACCUUUGGACAGAGUGAAGAUCUUAUUUCAGGCCUCGAAUCCUGAUUUUCAGAAGUAUGCUGGUACAUGGAGCGGGGCAUUCCGCGCUGGAAAUGAAAUUUACCGGGGUUCUGGAAUACGGGGAUUGUUGCAAGGACAUUCAGUUACUCUACUUCGAGUUUUUCCCUAUGCUGCAAUCAAAUUCAUGGCCUAUGAUCAGAUUCACCAUAUUUUGAUGCCCUCCAAGCGUGAGGAGACCAAUUUUCGGCGGUUUUGCGCAGGGGCCAUCUCCGGUGUGACGUCUGUGUUUUUCACAUACCCCCUCGAAGUUUUUCGAGUACGGCUCGCGUUCCACACGAAAACCGUAGAUCGAUCGGCUCGACCAUCUCUCCUCCAAGCCUUUCAUCAAAUCUAUCAUGAAAAGUCUUCUGUACCUCAAUCUCACGAGGCGGUGGCGGCCAAGCAGAUAUUCAGGCGCUUCCCCAUUCUCAAAUUCUAUCGCGGAUUCACUGCCACGAUCGUUGGGAUGAUACCAUACGCCGGCGUAUCAUUUUUGAGUUGGGGAUAUCUCCGCGCAAUAUUCGUACCAUCGUGCAAGUCAGAAGAGAAGAAGCCGACACCUAUCGCAGAUCUCACUAUAGGUGCAGUGUCAGGAGCUGCGGCACAAACUGCGUCGUAUCCAUUUGAGGUCAUACGACGAAGGAUGCAAGUCGGUGGGAUUAUUCGCCCCGACAGGUGGCUGAGUUGGGGAGAAACUGUUCGGGCCAUUUGGCAGGCCAAUAAUUGGAGGGGAUUUUAUGUUGGACUCAGCAUCGGCUAUCUGAAGGUUGUACCGAUGACCGCCGUCAGUUUCGCAGUUUGGCAAGGGGGGAAACGGGUUCUAGGUGUCUAA